AUGGGUAGAGUAAUAUCUACCCUCAAUCAAGCUCAGAGAGAAGGCCACUGUCACGCGUUGCUCGAGUCUCCAACUGGCACCGGAAAGUCUCUUUCGCUUCUCUGCUCAUCUCUGGCUUGGCAGCAACACUAUAAAUCUAUACAACACCACCUCAAGCCCGCCCCGGAGGCAACCACCGAUCCUCUGGCUUAUGGCGGCGGUUUUGUUCCCGAGGAGCUUUCACUAUCUUCUGGAGAACGCACUCACAAAUUUCUCAAGUGGUUCGCGAAUUGCGGAAAACUGCAUACAGGGUGCCAAUGGCUAAAUGCCCAUAAAGUCAAAUGUCAUCCAUCCCUUCAGAAAGGAGGAUGCAAUGAGGUACAUGACAUAGAAGAUCUUGUAAAAGUUGGACAAUUGGUCAAAGGGUGUUCUUAUUAUGCUGCUCGUUCGAUGUCAGAUGAUGCACAGUUGGUAUUUUGUCCAUAUAACUACAUCAUUAAUCCAGUUAUCCGGGCAGCAAUGGAUGUGGAUAUCAAAGGAGCCGUAGUGAUUCUUGACGAAGCUCAGUGA